UCCAUCCCUCUCCAUCCCCGCUCCGCUCCGGCCCCGCCGCUCCCGCUGCCCGGUCCCUCCGAGGCCCCGCCCCCCGGACCACGCCCCGCGCUGUGAUUGGCCGCGGGCGCGCGGUGGGCGUGGCCGGCGGGGCCGUAUUAAAGGUGCCAUGGCCGCCCGCAAAAAGGGGCCGCGGGCGGGCGGGAGCGCAGUGCGAGCGGAGCGGGCACCGGGCACGGCCUCGCCACGGAUCUUACCCCUUCUCCGCACCGGCACCUCCCUCGCUGCCGCCGCAGACCAUGCCCUCUCUAUGACGGCGGCUUGCUGAGCUCACCCUGCGUGCCAGAAGACCGUCCUUGGUUGAUCCGAGGCCUUCUGGGGACCCCGGCCUCCGCCCGGUUUUUCCGCGUGUGUGUGUUCCUGUAGAGCUUUCAAAACUGUUUCUCCAAAGGGUUUUGCAGAAACUCAGACUGUUUUCUAAAGCAGAAGCACCCGAGUCCCCGGCAGUAGUGAUGGGCAGCGUGCGAACCAACCGCUACAGCAUCGUGUCCUCGGAGGAGGACGGCAUGAAGCUGUCCACCAUGGCCGUGGCCAACGGCUUCGGCAACGGCAAGGGCAAGGUCCACACCCGGCAGCAGUGCCGGAGCCGCUUCGUCAAGAAGGACGGGCACUGCAACGUCCAGUUCAUCAACGUGGGCGAGAAGGGGCAGCGCUACCUGGCCGACAUCUUCACCACGUGCGUGGACAUCCGCUGGAGGUGGAUGCUGGUGAUCUUCUGCCUGACUUUCAUCCUCUCCUGGCUUUUUUUUGGCUGUGUGUUUUGGUUGAUUGCGCUGUUGCACGGGGAUCUGGAGAACCAAGAGAACAGCAAGCCUUGCGUGUCUCAGGUGAGCAGCUUCACCGCAGCCUUCCUGUUCUCCAUCGAGACCCAGACCACGAUCGGCUACGGCUUCAGGUGUGUCACCGACGAGUGUCCCAUCGCCGUGUUCAUGGUGGUUUUCCAGUCCAUAGUGGGCUGCAUCAUCGAUGCCUUCAUCAUUGGUGCCGUCAUGGCAAAGAUGGCUAAGCCAAAAAAGAGGAACGAAACUCUGGUCUUCAGCCACAAUGCCGUGGUGGCCAUGAGGGACGGGAAGCUGUGCCUGAUGUGGCGCGUGGGCAACCUGAGGAAAAGCCACCUGGUGGAGGCGCACGUGCGGGCGCAGCUCCUGAAAUCCAGGAUCACGUCGGAAGGGGAGUACAUCCCCCUGGAUCAAAUCGACAUCAACGUGGGCUUCGACAGCGGCAUCGACCGCAUCUUCCUGGUGUCCCCCAUUACGAUAGUGCACGAGAUAGACGAGGACAGCCCUUUGUACGACCUGAGCAAACAGGACAUGGACAAUGCCGACUUCGAGAUCGUGGUCAUCUUGGAGGGCAUGGUGGAGGCCACCGCCAUGACCACCCAGUGCCGCAGCUCGUACCUGGCCAACGAGAUCCUCUGGGGCCACCGCUACGAGCCCGUGCUCUUCGAGGAGAAGAACUACUACAAAGUGGACUACUCGAGGUUCCACAAAACGUACGAAGUGCCCAACACACCCAUCUGCAGUGCCAGGGACUUAGCGGAGAAGAAGUACAUCCUCUCCAACGCCAACUCCUUCUGCUACGAGAACGAGGUGGCCCUCAGCAGCAAGGAGGAGGACGAGAUCGACACGGGGGUGCCUGAGAGCAUGAGCACGGACACCCACCCGGACAUGGAGCACCACAACCAGGCGGGGGUGCCCCUGGAGCCGCGGCCGCUGCGGCGGGAGUCGGAGAUAUGACUGGCAGGCUCCGCCUCUCCCGCCUGGCUGGGAGGCAAAAUCCCCACCGUGUCCACGGGGCAAGGGCUCGUUGACGUGAGAAGUUGGCCCAGAAGAGUUUGCAGACUACGGUACUGUGGAAGAGAGGUGUGAAGGCAGCAGACCCGAGGAACCCAGGCUGGUUUUAGGGCUGUCCUCAGAGGAGGGACGACAGGAAAUGAACUCUAAACACAAAGCACUAAACAUGUCUAAGUAUGAACAGAAGGCACAUAUGUUGUAGAAUAAAUUAUGUAUAUAUUUUUUUACAAAACUUGAACUUGCAGGCAAGCUUUGGUUGGGUUAUUAUUAUUUUUUUUCAACUUUUUCCAGAAUGCUUCUCUCUAGGGAACAAGAAUGUUUUUAAUGGCAUAACAAAGGCAAGAAUCUGCCUUAUUAUUAUUAUUAUAAUUAUUUUUUAAAAAGCUGCUGCUAACUACAUGAACACAAAUGGUUAUUUUUGUUGCAGUGUAGUUUUUAUUUUCUCUUGUGUAAUUUAAAAAGAAAAAAAAAAAGUCAGUGUUGAACUUUUUGGGUUGAAAAGCUCGUGAUCAGUUCAGAGAGGCCAAUGUUGCCAGAAAGUUUAAACUCCUUUUGAGGCCAGUAGUUGAUAGCUAGAAUCAAUUUCUCUCUUUCCAAUUACAUAAGGGGCAUUAUGUAAUAUCAGGCCAAUCAGUAGCCUCCAGCAAAAUUAUGAUUUUUUUGGGGGGAGAAUUUAAUUCUCUGUCUAAAGGAAAAAUGAGACAAAAGAUAUGUAUGCAUAGGAAAAAGUACUAAGUUCAAACUACCUAAGUGGAUACCAAAGAAAAUGCACAGUUUUGCACAGUGGAGUUUAUUUAAAAAAGAAAAAAAAAAGAAAAAAAAGAAAAAAAACAGGCUGCUUUAAACAAAAAAAAAAUCAAACCUCAGACACUUUUUUGGUUUUGACUUUUUUCUUUUUUUUUUUUUUUUCUUUUCUUUUAAGACCUUUAUUUUGCACCUUAUUCUAAAGGCUUGAGGCUUGCAUCUAAAGUGAGCUGGGCCUCCUCCUCUUUCCCCCUGUUCUUCCAUGGGGGGAAUAAAAUCCCUGUUUUCUUGUAGGGGAAAAAGCUCAGUUGGGGGAAGCAGAAGCAGCAUCAUCUGCCCCAGCUCCUUAGCUCCGAGCAGAGGAGCUUUCCCUGAAACUGUGCCAUGGAGCUGCUGGAGUUUGGCCAUGGGUGAGCCAAGCAGCAGAGAAGUGCCCAGGAAGAGUUUUUUGAGGAGGGAGGAAGAGGAAGAGGAGGAAGCGCUUGGGAGUGGCGGAGGGAUGGCAGCGUUUUGUGCAAAACGCUUCUGUUCAGCAGGGCAGGGCUGUGAGGAAGGUGGAUUCCCUGGAGAGAGGGAUUCUUUGGGAGGCUGCAAAGGGAGCUUCACCUCCUGCCUCCCUCCCUGCCAAACCCCAGCUGGGUGACACUCGCCCGUCACUCGUCACCAGGCAGGUUUUGUCACCUCCAGCAAAGCCCUGGCGGUGUUCUGGCUCCUUCACCCCGAAGGCUUUAAAUUCUCUGUGCCUCUAAGCUCGAGGAGACAGCAAAGCUGUGCUUGGCGUGGGGAUGGCAGUCCCAGAUGACUCUUGCAGUAUUGGAUCACUGUAUGCCAUUAAAAAACAGCUUGUUCUAGGUCUGGUGUCUUCUGCACGCGGAUGUCUGUGAGGGCUCUGCCAGCCCCGCCGGGGAGAAAUGCCUGCAACCAACUGGUUUCUGAUAAGACGCUAUCUACAGCUGGCUGGGCUGGAACCCGGGGGAAUUCCGUGUUGUAAACACAGAUUUGGCUCCUGGAGAGGGCAGGGGAUGAAGUGCAAGGACUGAGGCUGUUGCUGGGGCGGGAGGAUGGAAAAGGAAGGGAAGGGUGGGCAGCUGGAGGAGGGCUGGUUGCAGGGUCUGGGUCAACAGUGGUGGAGACAACGGGGCGCUGCUGGUGCUGCUAAUGGUGAUAUUCUUGCAAAAGGAGGAAAAAACGAAACCAAAGAGGAUUCAGUGACACAGAGGGGGCACGAAAACAACGGGGAAAGGGAGGCUGAGCAGCAGGAAGGGGAUCUGAUCUCACAUCAGCAUCCCCCAGGUGCACAGCGCUCCCACUAAAUGAUACUUGAGAUAUUUGAGGGAGGGAUGAGAGAAAAAGGGGAUGGAAAAUGCAGGAUUCGUCUCAUUUCUUUGACAUGCGAGAAAUCCAGAGAGUUAAAAAAAAAAAAAUCCCCUUCCCUUUAACAUUUCUGGUGCAGAGGUUUUGGGUUUGUUUUUUUUUUUCUUCUUGUUUGUUUGUUCUGUUUUGUUUUUCAAGUCGGUUUUUCAGAAAUAUUUUUAAAAAUUGUACAUUUUAUAAAGUUUAUCAAGUAUUUUCAUAUUUAAAGCCAAAUGUAAAUAGAAGUCUGUAAAGGAGGACAAGGAGAAGACAACGAAAAGGCCACAAAAAAAAAAAAAAGUAUCAAUUCAGCUCAGCAGUCUCGGCUCGCUAGGACUAGAUGCUACAGGUUAGCAUGAUUUUUAGCAAAUUACUUGCAAGCCUUAUAGGAUUCCUAAUGCUCUGAACUUCUCUUUAUUUAUUUUUUCAGCAUGGACUUUUCAUUUGAGAACACGUUCUAGUUACUGGCGUUUUUGCAGAGCUCCCAGAGCCGUGCCGAGGGGGGUGUGUCGAGGUGUAAUCCAUCGCUAAUCUCUGCUUGUUCUUUCCUUCCCGACCCUUUGUCUUUGCCCAGGGAAUCCCACAUUUCAGCCCUGGCUCUGGGAAGCUGCUGGGAACAGCCCUGCAAGUGGCCCCCUUCCCCUUUUUGCCAUCGAUUUUGGCUUUCUCAGCAGCAAAUUGGAGGAAUCAUUCAAAAAUAUAUAUUUUUUUAAGGACUAGACAGUGACUGACAGCUUUCCUUCAAUUCCCAUUGAUCCUGGGCCAAGCUUAUGCUGACUUUAAACUUUUAAACUUUUAAACUUUAAACUGACGGAGCUCUACCCACAGCCUCCCCCAGGCCUGGGCUCAGCCUCUUUAUCCAGGAUAAAUUGGCUCUCCCGGCUGGCACGGAAGCUUUUAUCCUGUCUUUUGCUUAGGGGCUGGGGGGGAAUAUGUUAUUUCUGCCCUUCCCUGAAAAUACUUGAAUGAGACACAUUGUCUGACCCAUAAUUCUGUGUACAGUGACAGGAGCAGGGAUGCUUCCCUCCCUCCUUCUCUUCCGUGCGAGUUGUCCUGGGUUAAGUGGCCGGGGUAGGGCUCCUCCCUCAUUAGCUGGCUUUAAUUACCCUCUCCCAGCCGUGAAACGCUUCUAUGCUGGUGGAAGCACUCAAAAAAAAAAAAAAAGACAAA